AUGUCAAGAUUAAGUGCCAAAGUAAUACGGGAAGCUAGAAGAAUCUCACCGUUUCUACCACGAUUAUUACCAGCAAAUAGGACAAUUGAGCAGGCAUCUUUAGAACUAAAAUGGAUUAAGGAGGAAUUACCUAAAGAAGAUUGGAAUGACGCAGUUAAUCAACGGUAUCAAUUAGUCCCAUUGCAGUACAUUCUUGGAAGUCAACCAUUUGGAGGAUUGAAUAUUAAAUGUAAGCAGGGUGUUUUAAUUCCAAGAUGGGAAACUGAGGAGUGGUGCAACAAACUUGUUGAUACAAUUAAGCAAAUACACAUGAAACAGUUAGUGGUAUUAGAUGCUUGUACUGGUACAGGAUGCAUACCAUUAUUGAUCGGUCACAAAUUGAGCAAUAUUGCAUCAAAGAUUUAUGGAUUCGACGUUUCUGGUAAAGCUUUUGAUUUGGCAAAUGAAAAUUUAUCGCUUUAUCGACAAAAGCAUCCUAACAAAUCCAUGGAUUUGAAAUUUUAUUUAGGCGAUGUUUUUGAUGCAGAGAUUAUGGACAGGCUUGAUCUACCUAAAAUAAAUUUAUUGACUUCAAAUCCUCCUUAUAUUCCAUACCAUGACUAUAUAAAAUCUAGUGACAGAGAUGGUGUAGCAAAAUCAGUGAAAUUGUAUGAACCUAGUUUGGCGUUGCUUGGGGACGGUGAAUUCUACCGUUCAUUGGUGCAGAAUAUUUUGCGGCCAUCGCAAGCAGAGGGGUUUGUUUUUGAAGUUGGAUAUAAGAAUCAGGCUGACUAUGUUAAUUUUCUUCUUGAGGAUGAGAGUGCAUGGUCUAUCGGAGUUAUGAGAGAUUCAUCAGAUCAUGUUAGAUGUGUGGUAGGUUGGUUGAAUGGUUCGGAUUUUGAUGGGUUUAAAAGUUUAUGUGAUGAUGUUUAUGUUCGUUAA